AUGCUGGCAUUUUAUGGAUCAAGCAACUCCAGAUGUUUAUUCCACGUAAUGAACAAACCCAUUGAGCUUCGAGACACCAACCCCACAUUUUCGUGGACUGAAGAUCUGGGGAAGGUGGAGACACUCUGUAGCGCGGACAGUCGGACUAUCCACCGAGCUUUUAUAAUCUAUCGGACGAGUGGCCGAAAUGAUUUCACUUUGAAUCUCAACCCCUCGUCUGGAGGCCACGUAAUCCUGUCAUUAUAUACUGAAGCAUUCUGGUUGGAUGUAGUAAAAAGACGAUUUAGUUUGGUACGCGAGACCAACAGACCAUACUUUUACCGGGAGGCCUAUCUUCCCGGCGCCACAGCCCAAAAUCAUGCCUCAAAUCUACUUUUACUCCCGAAUGGCGAUGUCCUCUGCGCCUGGUUCGGCGGCAGUAUGGAAGGCAAGCCGGACAUCAGUAUAUACUUAUCACGUCUGAGAUCGGGUGAGCAGUCAUGGUCAGAAGCUAUACGAAUGACCCACGACAAUACUCGCAGCGAGCAAAACCCGGUUUUAUUCCGUACACCAACUGGAGAUCUGUGGCUUCUGUACACGUCGCAGCAUGCCGGAAACCAAGACUCGGCAAUCGUGAAGCGUCGGGUUUCCAAAGAUGACGGAAUCACUUGGGGAAAGGAGGAAGUUUUAUUCCCUGACUCCGGUAUCUUCAUUCGUCAACCAGCCAUCGUUCUGGAUGAUGGUGCAUGGGUAAUUCCCGUUUUCAAAUGCCGAGUAGAGCCGGGAGAGCGCUGGCUAGGAAACAAUGAUAUCUCCUGUAUCCGCGUCUCAAGGGACGAGGGACAAACCUGGACAGAGUCUGUUAUUCCAGAGAGUACAGGCUGCGUCCAUAUGGAAAUUCAACGGUUGAAAGACUGCUCCUAUCUUGGCUUGUUCCGCAGUCGAUGGGCGGACCAUAUUUAUCUGGCAACCUCGCCCGAUGGUCUUUCCUGGAGCCCACCACAGCCUACCAUUCUUCCAAACCCCAAUGCGGGCAUUUGCUUUGACGUGCUCCCUUCUGGGAGAGUAGUUGUAGUUUACAACCAUUCUUCAAAGCUGGACGCCACCGGACGUCGUCAGGGCCUAUAUGAUGACAUUGCAGAUGGUGUUGACGAACGCCGAGAUCAGAGCUCCACACAGGAUGGCAGGGAAUCAUUCUGGGGAGCACCGCGAGCACCUCUCUGUGUUGCUUGGAGCGAUGAUUCAGGGAAGACAUGGGAACGACGUGUGUUAGAAGAUGGCGAUGGCUAUUGUAUGACUAACAACAGCGAGAAAAAGCUGAAUCGCGAGUUGUCAUACCCGAGUAUGGUGCUUGAUGAAGGAAAGAUUCACAUCGCGUACACAUUUUGGAGACAAAGGAUUAAACAGAACACCUAA